AUGGGCCUCGAUUCUCUUGACCUCUUGGUCGUGCCCUGGCCGUCGGGAACACAGGGUCACCGAGCGUUGUCGGACCGAGGAGAGCGGCAGCGCGACGGAGACCUUUUCCUCAAGACCUGGAAGGCGUUGCAGAGGCUUGUGGACGCCGGGACCGUCCGUGCAUUAGGUGUGGAUCGUUUCUUUCCGUGGCAGCUGGAUUUUGUCAUCGCGCAACCGGGACCGCGACCAGCCGUUAAUUUUCUGCACGUCAGCGGGGAGCUUUCGAAGGGCAAGUGGAAAUCAAAGUUGAGACAAGUAAGCCUUUCCUAG